AGCCCAGAUGAAUACUGCUUGGUCUGGAUCACCUCCGAUCUAGUCUCCAUCGCCAUAGUUAUAGGAAUAUUCAUCUUUCAAAAGUAGGUACCCAUUUUUUAUUGAGAUUCUAUUAUUAAACUUGAUUUCCUUCUCAUUUUGCUAUCAGCAGUUGUAUAUUUGCAGCAUACUUUAUGUCUGCUCCACUGUAAACGUUUAUCAUAACUGUUGUGUAAUGGUAGAGGUCUGACUCUACUUUGAUCUCUGUGUGAUGAGGUUUGUGCUGCAUAGCAUUCUGCAUCUCAACUGACUCUUCUGCUCUUUCCCUUUCACUGCCCUGCCUUUCUGCUCUCUCGCUUUCUUUGUUUACUGUCUCUCAUUCUUCUCCUCAUCACUGUUUCCAUUUCUCUCCUUCUCACUGUCUCUCAUUUAUUCCUUCCUCCUUCCUCUCUCUUUGCCUUGUUUGUCCUUUAUUCUGCCUGAUCUGCAUGCUACGUUUCUCUGCUGCACUCUGGCAUCUGUCAGCUAUCACGUGAUCAGGUAACCGAGGUGACUUCCCUGGCUCAUGUUGCUUUCUUGUUUUCUGUCUUAUCUGUCUUCUGUCCUUGUUCUUCUCUUGUGUCUCUAAAGCUCAUGUACUCAGUGAACACUAUAGGUUUCAUUUUUCUUAAUGUAUUCAUCAUUUGUCAAUGUUUAUAUCAAUUCUAACCAGUAGAGGCUUCUGAGGGAAGGACAGCUCAUAAUAAUGUCUGGAAUGUAGUCAAUGGAAUGGUAUUAAACACAUCAUAAACAUGGUUUCCAUGUGGUUAAUACCACUCCGUUGACACCAUUUCAGACAUUAUUAUGAGCCGUCCUCUCCUCAGCAGCCUCCACUGAUUCUAAUGGUGUGUCUGACAGUGCUGUGCCUCUCUGUGCUGCACCAGGUGGAGGAUGAGUGGCAUGCAGAACUACAACCCAGAGCAGAUCAUGCUGAGUGCUGUGGCGCGCAGGCCCAGCCGGGAUGUCAACAUCAUGAAGGAGAAGCUCAUAUUUUCAGGUACCAAAACGGUGUUGCCAGCGCCAUGGUCGAACUAACCCACUUGACCUAAUCAAGAAUGGAAAAGAGUGAGGGUCAAAGUUGAACUCUUCUUUUCUCUCCUUUUUUAGAGGUAAGCAAUGGAGUAACCACUACAGAUGAACAUCUAUAUCCAGAGAAUGGCUACGACAUUGGGCAGUAC